CUCAAUACAAGUAACGAGUGGAUUGCGAAAGCGGGCCAGCUGAAUGAGUGAAGCUGUCCGUCGCCGUAAAACACAACACAACAAGAAGAAGAAGGGGUGGAAGGGUCGUGUCGUGUCGUGUCGCACAAGGUUGUGUAUCCGGCAGAGCGUGCAGAUUGAGCUUUGCUCCCUCACACAAUCCCCCUCCGCACACCUCACAAUCGAAAUGAAAGCAGCGGGAAGGGGAACGGCAGCUUGCCGCUUGCUUUUCGCACCAACUCGCCACGCUAUACCGUGUUGAGGCUCUGCCCAACCCAGAUCUGAGGCCUUGAUCUGCGACCGAAAUUUCCGAUGGGGCGCCCUGUCCGCCAAUCGCAAUGGAUGGGGUUGAUUGCCCGUUGAAAUGAUUGAAUUUCGACUCUCGAGACUUUCGAUAUUGCGCUCAUUUAGAGUGUGGUGUCAAUUGGGCGGGCGGCAGGAUUACAACGCGUCGAGGGCCGCGCAAGCUGUCCGCAGCAGGUGUUUCGUCGGUCAGCCUGGUCAGCAAAUCCUACAUUGGAUAUGGGCGCAGCGGUACCACGGCACAUAAGCACAACAUGCAACAUACAGUACAACGGCGUCCUAACCCGCCUGGCCCGCCUUUACCUAAUCGAUUGCUGAC